UCGUCCUGUCGUCCUGUCGCUCACUCUUCCGCAAAGAAACAAAGAAACAAUUAAAGUGCAGACCGCAAGGCGGAAGGAAGUGCAUACCGCAAGUGAUUCCCCUACUUCAGUGCAAAGUUGCAUGUUGGAUUGUGCCACAAACUUUUAGCCAAGUUCCCCUAGCCCCCAAAUGCCCCCUCAUUUCCCCCCCUCCGAGUAAAAUGAAAGCAGACAACUUCUUCAAGUACGGCGCCCCUUUGUACCAACCGAAAAGCAGCCAGCGGAGCACCCAGAACCAACCGCAAGUCCAAGGCGGCAACAUCAACUUCGGCCAUCUGACAUCGUCCUCGCUGCUGACGAGCGACGACCUGCGUCAUCUCACCCAGCAGCGGUCCUCGGGAUACUCGGACCGGGAGAGCCUCGCCAGCGUGAGCAGUGCGGGUGGCCGGAUUAAGAGGCGAUCGAGAAACUUCUCCAUGAAGUCCUCGAAGGGGGGCAUCUCGAAGAAAAGCAAGACCAUGGAUUACACCAACUACGCCUACAACGAGGCAGUGGGUCGCCUUAAGGUGAUGCUGGCCGACAACUCCUACGUGGCACCCAAAUUGGGAGGCGGAGGAGCAGGAGGCGUGUCUUCCUAUUUGCGCAACUUCAACGAGGAUUCCGGGGACAACUUCUCCGACAACCUAUCGGUCAUUGAGCGUCCCGUCUUCUCGGACAUUUCCAAGUACUUGUCGCCCAGCCAGAAGUCGCGGAUUAGCUCCUAUCGUCCCAAGAAGAGCUAUAACUCUGGAUAUCUCUCGGCUUCCAAGGAGAACUUGGCCUCCUAUCAGACCUCCUCGGUUCCUCCGCCAGCGGCUGCUCCUCUUCCCGCCGACAGUGUGCCGGCUCCGGUGGAGAUCUUCAGCUUCAUCGAGAAGCAGGAGGACUACAUCGAGCAGCUGGAGAAGGAGUCCAAGUACUGUCGCAACGAGCUGACCAAUCUGCUGGGCAAAGUCAAGGAUGUGAUCAACGAGAACGAGCAGCUGACGGAGAAUGCCCGCUCCGAGUUGGUGGCCCUCGGUUCGGGUAAGUCGCAGCCCCAGAUGACCACCACCACUAGUCCCUCCUCGGAUAGCGAUGAGCACCUGGUGCAGUUCGCCAGUGGACGAAGGACACCCUCUACUCCGUCGAGGAAAAGUGCCUCCAAGGGGCAGGUGCAGAGUCCUCGCUAUGCCAGUGCCCCGAAUAUUGUCUACGAGGCCAGGAUCAGCGAACUGGAGGCCGAACUGAUGCAGGCCAGCAUCGAUUUGAGGCGUCUGCGAACGGAGAACGAGGAGCUCAAGAGGAAACUGGCCCACAGUGAUCCUCUGACCACAGUGGCCACCCUAACUGGAGGAUCAGCCAACUGUGAGCUGCAUCGCAAGCAGCUGGAGAGCCUGCAGCAGGAUAAGUUGACUUUGGAGGAGAGUGUGCGGCAUUUGCAGAGGCUUUUGGAUGAGGCUAAAGGCCCACAGGGUAGCGCCUCCUCCAAGCGCUACAUCAGCGAUCUGGUGCAGAUGGAGCGCUCCCAGGCGGAGCUGGAGGUUCGUCAUCUUCGCGAUGAACUGGAUCGCCAGCAUGAGAGGGUCAGGGAGCUGCAGCACGAGAUGGCCCGACGGUUGGCCGAGGAAAGGGCCAGUGCCGAGCGGCGUUACAACAGCCAGGUGGAUCAGCUGGGCGGCGAUCUCAGCUGCCAGUGGGAGCAGGUGGCCAAGCUGCAGUUGGAUCUUGAGCGCCAGAAGCGCUAUGAAACCGAUCUCAAGCGCGAUCUGGCCAGUCGCAAUUCGCAGAUCGAGGAGCUGAAAAUGGAGCUAAGGGCCAACAGGACCACCUUCCUGGCGGACAUGGCCCAGACGAAUGCCGAGAAGCAGUCGCUGGAGCAGGACAUCACCUCGCUGCGCCUGCAGUUGGACCGGGCUGCCAGGGAGACCAAGACGGAGGCCGCUCGUCUGACGGCCGAGAUCAACUCGCUGAGGCAGCGACUGGAUCGCGGGGAUGCCGAUCUGCUGCACUCGAAAAGGGAGGUACUAAGGCUCAACGAUGAGAUCGCCAAUCUGGAGAAGGAGCUCGCUUAUGGGGAGCUGAAGAAUGAGAUACGACCCACCAAAAAGGACCUGGACAAGCGGAUCUCGGAGAUGCAGGAUAAGCAUGCGGGAACGGUAAAUGAGCUUGAGGAAAUGAUAACAUCUCAGAAGCAACUCAUGGAUAAACUGACGAGCGAGUGCAAGACCCUAACGGGCAAAUUAGAGGAUACGACCUACAAGCACAAAGAGGAAAUAUCUGCUUUACAAUCGAAUCUAGAAUAUCUAUCCAAUCGCAUGUUGAGUAAUGAGGAGCAUAUGAGUAAAUUAGAUAGCUCACCACAUGAUUAUACUAGCUUAGUUCCUGGAAAAGCCGCUUACGACUACCAGGCAGCGACAUAUGGCACCCCAAUCGAACCCAUACAAAGCACCCCACAACAACCACACAACAGCGCCGUUGACGAUGACUAUGCGGCCGGAAUUAACCUGGCCACAGAUGGAGCAAGUGCCUCCGCCUCUGCAGCAGCCACCACAGCAGCCAGUAUUGCAGCAGGAGCAGCAGCUGCAGUUGCAUCAUCAGGAUCAGCACGCAAGAGCAGCAUCGCCGACUAUGGACUCCAGGAUAACGAUGACGAGAAUCUCAAGGACAACCUUGGCCUGGGCGAGAAGCAGCAGCAACAACAGCAGCAGCAACAGGACCUCGACAGGCAACGGGAGCGGGAGGAACGCGACCGGGAGCUCCAGCAACUCCGUGAGCAGCGGGAGAAACGCGAAAGGGAACGCGAGCGGGAAAGGGAACGUGAGCAGCAGGCUUCCGAGCAACAGCAGCAGCAGCAACAGCAGAAGCAGGCGGAGCAGCAGCAACCAUCGCUUCCCGAGAGCAAUAUCGCCAACGCGGGAAGCGCCAAUCUGGCGGCCUACAACACCGACUACAGUGCCUACGAUCAGCAGCAGUACGACGCCAGUGCCUACGAUCCCAGUGCCUAUGGUCAGCAGCCCUACGAAGGUCAGCAGUACGACUACGGGGAGGCGGGAGCAGGCUAUGACUAUGGAGCUGGCGACUAUGGACAGUCUGGAUACCAGUAUGACGCCACGACAGGAGGCACCGCAACCACUCAGCGUCAGUAUCAGUCUCCGCCAGCAGCAGCUGCCACGGACUACAAUCGAUCACCACCGUCGUUGGCAGCGGCGGGCAUCACGUCCCCGCCAGCAGCAACAGGAGGAGGAGCAGCAGCAGGAUCACCAGGAGCAGCAGCUCCAGGAGCUACAGGCACGAGCCGACCACAAUCGCGCCCGGGCAGUGGAGCUGUGGGGUCAGCAGCUGCGGCUGGAGCAAUCGGCGGCGGAAAAUCCGCUGUGCCACAACAGCCUGCCGCGUCAGCCGCCGGCAAGAAGUAG